GCUUUGCUUUGGAGCGUGGUUGCUUCGAGCAGUUUACCAGCAAACGUGCAAUCAUUCGCCUGUGAACAGUGAAGCAGUGAAAACCUUCCCGCGGUUUCGGAGGAUACGGGUUUUGGAAAACUGUCUGCCGUGGAAAAGUUUGCCAAAACAGUAGUGAGAAUUUUCUUUGUUUCAUAGUAGUGUGCAGUUAGUGGAAAGUUGUACGAAUUUGUCUGUACGAUCGAUUAGAAGUGCCUAGUGGGAUAUUUAUCUAACUUUAGUGAGUCCUAAAGUGCGAUCAAGUACUUGAGUUUUUCGAGAACGAGUUUGAAAAAAGUCAUACAAAUCAAAAUGAGGCCUCCAUCGCAUUUCGGUAACGAUAUUACCAACACUGCCUCCAAUGAUGGCAACAAUAAUAAUAAUAAUCACAACAACGGAAGUGGCGAUGACAACAAUAACAACAACAGAAACAUAAUCAUGGCCAGACUAACGGAGAUGGGAGCAACAAUGAUGUUCCCCAAGAUAGCUGGGCGCGGUAUCAUACGGGUCGUGGAGCGAUGCGAUGAUGCCAAAGAGAACAACAAUCUAGAUCUCUCCGAGUGUGAACUGAUUCAGGUCCCAGAUGCAGUUUACCACCUAAUGAGACACACUGAGCUGAAAACCUGUGAUCUUAGUGGUAAUGUCAUAACCAAAAUUUCACCUAAAUUUGCGCUCAAGUUCAACUUAAUCACAGAUCUUAACCUGUCGCACAAUCAAAUGGCCAAACUACCAGACGAACUGGCCGAUCUGCACUCGCUGCAGAUGCUGGAUAUCGCACACAAUUCCUUCAUCACGCUGCCCGCCGUCGUGUUCAAGAUGCCGAAGCUGCGCGAACUACGGGCAAACAACAAUGCAAUCAUCGACAUCGAUCGGGAUGAGAUCAUCACGUCCGACUCGCUGGAGUUGGUCGACCUGAAACACAACCCACUGACGCCCAUGUGUCACGAACUGCUGAAGAAUGCCAACGUGGCCUUCCGGAUCUUACUGUCGGAGCGGGAAAAAGAGGAAUGGGAAGACCUAACGAUCUGAGUCUUCCCAGCCAGCGAAUACCUGCAAUCAGAUAGUGUAGCCAAUGUUUAAGAGUAUUCGGUUUCAUUUCGUAUACUUUUGUAUUCGUUUUACAAAGAUCGUACCAGAAAUCUUUCUAGCUUUAGGAAUGGAGCUUUUCUCAACACUUAUUCAUACGUGAACUUGCUCAGAAGUUACUUAAUUUAGUGAGAUUUGUGUGUCUACUGAUAACGGACUACCAAAUAAGUUGAUGAAGGGCGACAUCGUGAACAUAACCACUUUCUUAGUCUAAGGCCACAUCCCACAACUGUAUAGAGGAUACCUACUGUAUUUAGUGUUACUAACCUGUACUGUAUUAUACACCUUUCAAUCACCGUUGACCUAGAGCGUUGCUUGCAAAGGCCAGUGCGAGGCAAGAGAUAGAAAAUUUUUUCUUGGGACUGAGGUAAAAUUUUGAUCUAGUCAUUCAGAUGUGGUUGCAACGAUCAAAAUUAUUGGCACUAGAGGCGAAAUUUGAAAACCGUAACCACGGCCAGCGCACUCGUAUUGUCGUAAUGUGUAAUUUAUGAAAUAAUGUGAGUGAUAUUACUUAUUAGAGCAGUAAGUUUAUACGGCUGCCGAACAGGCAGUCCAUCAAAUGUGCGCGUUUAUCAAGAAGAAGCAAAAAAUGUAAAGAUGUGCAAUAGCGUAUCGGAUGAUAGUUUUGGACGAAAUUUUCAUAGAAUGUUGAAUAAAGAAUACGUUGAUGGA